GCGGGGCGGACCGACGGGAUAUCGCGAGAUUCUCGCGCGGUAGGCCCCGAGGAUCCAGCAUGGCGGACUCGGGGCUAGUGCUAAAGCGGGGUUCCUGCCGUUCCACUUGGCUGCGGGCCCGCAAGGCCCGGCCCCAGCUCAUCCGCAGCCGCCGGCCCCGCCGCCGGCUCGGGACCCUGCGCUGGUGCGGUCGGCGGCGCCUACGGCGGCGGUUACUGCAAGCCCAGGCGGCCGGCGUGGACUGGAGGGAGGGAGCCCGCCAGGUGUCGCGCGCGGCGGCGGCCCGGAGACCCAACACCGCGACCCCCAGCCCGAUCCCUAGCCCGACCCCGGCCUCCGAACCCGAAUCCGAACUCGAACUCGAAUCCGCCUCGAGUUGCCGCCGGCCUCUCCUCAUCCCACCGGUGCGGCCAGUGGGCCCCGGCCGCGCGUUGCUGCUGCUGCCGGUCGAGCAGGGUUUUACUUUUAGUGGGAUCUGUCGUGUGACUUGCCUCUAUGGCCAGGUGCAGGUAUUUGGUUUUACCAUCAGCCAAGGCCAGCCUGCCCAAGACAUCUUCUCCGUGUAUACCCACUCUUCCUUGAGUAUCCAUGCACUUCAUUACUCACUGCCUGAGAAAAGCAAGAAGGAACUGAAAAGGGAAGCCCGGAAUUUGCUGAAAUCUCAUCUUAACCUUGAUGACAGGCGUUGGUCGAUGCAGAAUUUUUCUCCUCAGUGUUCCAUUGUGUUGCUAGAACAUCUGAAAACUGCCACUGUAAACUUCAUAACCAGCUAUCCGGGUUCAUCCUACAUUUUUGUGCAAGAGAGUCCAACUCCCCAGAUUAAACCUGAAUAUUUAGCCUUGAGGUCUGUUGGCAUCAGAAGAGAGAAAAAAAGGAAAGGCCUUCAGUUAACUGAGAGUACCCUUUCAGCCCUGGAAGAGUUAGUCAAUGUUUCCUGUGAAGAAGUAGAUGGCUGCCCUGUCAUUCUAGUUUGUGGAUCCCAGGAUGUUGGAAAGUCAACAUUUAAUAGAUACCUGAUUAACCAGUUGUUAAAUAGUCUUCCCUGCGUUGACUAUUUGGAAUGUGAUCUGGGACAGACAGAAUUUACCCCUCCUGGUUGCAUUUCUUUGCUUAAUAUUACAGAACCAGUUCUGGGACCACCUUUCACUCACCUGAGGACUCCACAGAAGAUGGUAUAUUAUGGGAAACCUUCUUGUAAAAACAACUAUGAGAGUUAUAUUGACAUAGUGAAAUACGUGUUCAGCGCUUACAAGAGAGAGUCCCCUCUCAUCGUCAACACUAUGGGAUGGGUUUCAGACCAGGGGCUCCUGCUUCUCAUUGAUCUGAUCCGAUUGCUGUCUCCCAGCCAUGUGGUUCAGUUCAGCUCUGACCACAGUAAAUACAUGCCAGACCUUACCCCGCAGUAUGUAGAUGACAUGGAUGGCUUGUACACAAAAAGCAAGACCAAGAUGAGAAAUCGACGUUUCAGACUCGCAGCAUUUGCAGAUGCUUUGGAAUUUGCUGAUGAAGAAAAAGAGAGUCCAGUUGAGUUCACUGGACAUAAACUGAUAGGUGUUUAUACAGACUUUGCAUUCAGAAUAACUCCAAGAAAUAGAGAGUCACAUAACAAAAUUCUUCGAGAUCUGUCCAUCUUGAGUUACCUUAGCCAGCUGCAGCCCCCGAUGCCCAAACCACUUUCUCCUUUACAUAGCCUGACACCCUAUCAGGUCCCUUUCAAUGCAGUUGCACUCCGGAUUACCCACUCUGAUGUCGCCCCUACCCAUAUACUAUAUGCUGUGAACGCCAGCUGGGUUGGUCUUUGCAAGAUCCAGGAUGACGUCAGAGGAUACAUGAAUGGGCCCAUCCUGCUUGCCCAGACUCCAAUCUGUGACUGCUUGGGCUUUGGCAUCUGUAGAGGCAUUGACAUGGAGAAGCGGCUGUACCACAUCCUUACCCCUGUGCCCCCAGAAGAGCUAAGAACCGUGAAUUGUCUGCUUGUUGGAGCUAUUGCCAUUCCGCAUUGUGUCCUUAAGUGCCAGCGUGGGAUCGAAGGGACAGUACCUUAUGUCACAACAGAUUACAAUUUUAAACUUCCUGGAGCAUCAGAGAAAAUUGGAGCAAGAGAACCUGAGGAGGCACAUAAAGAGAAACCAUACCGAAGACCUAAGUUCUGUCGAAAAAUGAAGUGAUGCUCGCGUUUUUAAUAAGGGAAGAAACUUUCCUACCAGAAAGCUUUGUCUCGAGCCUGACCACAAGAGACGUGAUGGAGCUUCAUGGCCAUGAACGGUGCCCUCAUUAGCAACAGUGUUUUUAUGUAAUUCGUGAAUGUCGUAUAAUAGUCUUAAGUUUCUCUUUUAAAGCUGCAUGAGCUAGAAUUUGCUCUAGUCUUCUGUGUGGUACUCAGGAGUAAAACAGCAGAGAACAGUUUGUGUGCCAUUAAAACAGAGAUUCCUCAAAAAGUUCUUCAAGGACCUGGUUAUUAGAAUCAGGAUAAAAAUAAGGAAACUGGGGCCAUAACAAUGUACUGAGAAGGAAGGAAGAAGGCCGACCUGCAGGAUCUCAAGCAUAAUGGAUACAAGGGCUCGCCACGGGCCUUGCCUGAGCCACGUGCAGACCUGGGGUCCAGCGGUCUGCUUCCUUGGAGCCAGUGUGGAUGGUUACAGCCCAUCCGUUUGGUGCAGUUGUACUUGGUCUGUUACAUUCAAUCAAGGUUUAAUAGAUAGGGCUGGGCAUGGUGGCUCAUGCACACCUGUAAUCCUAGCAGUUUGGGAGGCUGAGGCGGGAGGAUUGCUUGAGCCUCGGAGUUCCAGGCUGGAGUACACCAACUACUCCAGCCUGAGCGACAGAGUAAGACCUUAUCUUUAAAAAAGAAAAGAAAAA